AAUGAAAUCGUUGUAUGAUAUUAGUAUCUCGAACACUAUGUUGUAUCAUAUAAUUAAUUACAGAGCAACUAAAUAAAGAACGUAAUAUUUAAAACCAUCUCCUGGAAUUAGAUUUCCCUGGUAAUCAAACAUUAUGAUAUAGAUAUCUUCACAGAUUUCUUCAAAAAGGGUUAUUGUCGCAACUUGAUGAUCAAAAUAAAAUCUGUGAAUUAUAUAUUUUCCAUCAACUGAUAUAUCUUCGGUACUACUAAUUUUAUUAGCGUUGCCACCGACUUAUAGCGGAAAUCCAUACGAGCCACGCGGGACACGUCGGCCGAGAAACGACGUGUCGCCUCCCCAUUGGUGCCAGGAAGAGACAAAUCGCUACGAAGAACGUGUAACAAAGCCGGGGGGGGCUUCGCAGUUCCGACCGAAGCUCUGGACGAGGACGUUUGUCCCCUUUCCUUUUUUUCCUGUUUUUUAAGCUCUGCAUGAACAUGCUUAUCCAGUUCCAAAGGUUGGAUUUCUAGACGGAGUCAUGACGCCAGAUCUCAGUCCAACUUCAUUCCAGAGCGAUGGAGGCGAGCAUCAGCAGGGAGCCGAGGAUGGAGCGGAGAAAACGGAGAGCAAGACGUUCUUGAACAGUCUCCUCUCCACCAUCAUCCCGGAAAAGGAGCCGCCGGCGACAGCGGCGGGUGGAGCCGACGGUGGACACGACGGCGGCGCCGGCCAUGUGGGUCACGAGGAGGGCGGAGAAAAUGGGGGCGGCGGCGGCGGCGGGAUCAUCGGUCACUUGAUCUCGAGCCUCGUCUCUCCGGGGAGCCCCGGGGAGGGGCGGCCGUCGGGCAAGAGGAAAGCCGAAGUCUUGGGCGUCGAGGACGGCGGAAGAGGCGGCGAGGUCGACGGGGUUUCGAGGGCGAAGAGCGGCGGCGGCGGCGAAAGUGAAGCCGUCGGUGGUGGCGGUGGAGUGAUAAGCAGUCUCAUUUCCAGCUUCUUUCACUCAAGCGAGGAGGGAGGAGGAAGUGCUGCCGACGCCGCCGGAGGUGAUGAGGUAGAGAGGCAUCGGGCGGCCGAAGGAGGCGAGACGGCGGCGGCGACGUCGGAAACGGAGGAGGGCGGCGAGAGAGGCGGCGGCGGCGGUGGCGGCAUCAUCGAGAGCAUCGUUUCUCACCUGCCUCCGUCUCUUCCAGAGGAUGCAGCAGGUCCGACUACUGAUGAGGCCUCUAUUCUGAUUCAUUCCAUCGUUCGAGACUGAUGAGAAGCCAAUUUUUCAAAAUUUUCAUUUU